AUCGGUGACUAAGAGCUUUUUUGACAGCACCAUACUCGACCACUCUCCACAAGCUUCGCGCACUUUCUUCCCUUCACCUUUUGUGGCUAAAACUACCGCUGCAACUCUCCCAAUCCCGGCAUUUCACAGGGCUUCCUCGCCGGAAAGAGACCAAUAAGUCGCCGUCCUCGCUUCAACCGAUGGCGUACGCGCUCCAUUCUCACUAUCUCUGUCUACCCCCACCUCUGCCGAGGAGCCUCCGUCGAAUUACCUUUUCUUCUGCCAUCCCAAUGUCGGCUAAGUCGAUGAAAACCCUAAAUCCACUGAACUCGGCGGAAACCCUAGGGAAAUCCGGUUUCUUUGUAGUGAAAAGGGCGGGGAGGUUCUCUACUGGCCGCAAUAGGCAGCAAGGUGUGCGAUGCGAUGCCACUUCGAAAGAUGGGAGGAUUACUCAGCAAGAGUUUACGGAGAUGGCCUGGCAGGGGAUUGUUUCAUCGCCGGAGGUUGCGAAAGAGAGUAAGCAUCAAAUUGUGGAGACAGAGCAUUUGAUGAAAGCGUUGUUGGAGCAGAAGAAUGGUUUAGCUCGCCGGAUUUUCUCCAAGGCUGGUGUUGAUAACACUCGCCUUCUUGAAGCUACGGAUAGUUACAUUCAGAGGCAACCAAAGGUUCUUGGUGAGUCUGCUGGUUCUAUGCUAGGAAGAGACUUAGAAUCUUUAAUUCAAAGAGCUAGGGAGUUCAAGAAAGAAUAUGGAGACUCCUUUGUGUCUGUUGAGCAUUUAGUGCUUGGCUUUGUAGAAGACAAAAGAUUUGGGAAACAACUCUUUAAGGACUUCAGAGUUUCUCUCCAAAUGCUGAAAUCUGCCAUUCAAUCUAUAAGAGGACGUCAAACUGUUAUUGACCAAGACCCCGAGGGUAAAUACGAAGCCUUGGAGAAAUAUGGUAAGGAUUUGACAGCCAUGGCACGCGAAGGGAAGCUUGAUCCAGUUAUUGGGAGGGAUGAUGAGAUAAGGAGAUGCAUACAGAUAUUGUCUAGAAGGACUAAGAACAAUCCUGUAUUAAUCGGCGAACCUGGUGUAGGAGCCACCCCUGCCAUAUCUGAAGGGCUUGCCCAGAGAAUAGUUGAAGGAGACGUACCCCAAGCUUUGAUGAACCGCAGGUUGAUAUCUCUUGAUAUGGGUGCUCUAAUAGCUGGGGCAAAGUUCCGAGGUGAGUUUGAAGAUAGACUGAAAGCUGUCUUGAAGGAAGUGACGGACUCAGAUGGACAAACAAUCCUUUUCAUUGAUGAGAUCCAUACUGUUGUUGGAGCAGGUGCCACAAAUGGCGCCAUGGAUGCUGGAAACCUAUUGAAGCCAAUGUUAGGCCGUGGCGAGUUGCGUUGUAUUGGUGCAACUACCCUUGAUGAAUACCGCAAAUAUAUUGAGAAGGACCCAGCUUUGGAACGCCGCUUCCAACAAGUUUAUGUUGAUCAGCCUACGGUUGAAGACACGAUCUCCAUACUCCGUGGACUGCGCGAAAGGUAUGAGCUCCAUCAUGGAGUUCGCAUCAAUGAUAGUGCACUGGUGGAUGCUGCCAUUCUUUCAGAUCGUUAUAUCAGUGGUCGGUUCUUGCCUGAUAAAGCUAUUGAUUUAGUUGAUGAGGCAGCUGCCAAGUUAAAAAUGGAAAUCACAUCCAAGCCAACUGCUUUGGAUGAGAUCAAUCGUUCAGUAAUUAAAUUAGAGAUGGAGCGUCUCUCUCUAACUAAUGAUACAGACAAAGCUUCAAAAGAGAGACUGGCUCGUCUUGAUGCUGAGCUUUCGCUCUUGAAAAAGAGGCAGGCUGAGCUUACCGAACAGUGGGAGCACGAGAAAUCAGUGAUGACACGUAUUCAAUCCAUCAAGGAAGAGAUCGAUAGGGUGAACAUAGAAAUUCAAGAGGCAGAGCGCGACAAUGACUAAAAUCGUGCAGCCGAAUUGAAAUAUGGAAGCCUGAAUAGUUUGCAGCGUCAACUUCAGGAAACUGAAAAGGAAUUAAAUGAAUAUCAGAGUUCAGGGAAAUCAAUGCUCAGGGAAGAGGUUACUGGCAACGACAUCGCGGAAAUAGUCCGUAAAUGGACAGGCAUUCCGGUUUCCAAAUUGCAGCAGUCCGAAAGAGAAAAGCUCCUUCAUUUGGAGGAAGAACUACACAAACGUGUUGUCGGUCAAGAUCCCGCUGUUCAAGCGGUUGCAGAAGCUAUUCAAAGAUCGAGAGCUGGUCUUUCUGAUCCUCACCGUCCAAUUGCGAGCUUCAUGUUCAUGGGCCCCACCGGAGUCGGGAAGACAGAACUUGCUAAAGCUCUCGCUUCGUACAUGUUCAACACUGAAGAAGCUCUCGUGAGAAUCGACAUGAGUGAGUACAUGGAAAAGCAUGCAGUUUCUCGUUUGAUUGGAGCGCCGCCGGGCUAUGUUGGAUACGAAGAAGGCGGGCAGCUGAUGGAAACUGUUAGAAGGAGGCCUUAUGCCGUCAUAUUGUUCGAUGAGAUUGAGAAGGCCCAUUUUGAUGUGUUCAAUGUCUUUCUUCAGAUACUCGACGAUGGUAGGGUGACUGAUUCACAGGGACGAAGAGUGAGCUUCACAAAUACGGUGAUUAUAAUGACGUCAAAUGUGGGCUCACAAUACAUAUUAAAUGUGAAUGACGAAAUAGGUUCAGGUGUUUCUGCUUACGAGUCUAUUAAGCAGAGAGUCAUGGAGGCAGCCCGUGCCAUUUUUCGUCCGGAGUUCAUGAAUCGUGUUGAUGAGUAUAUUGUUUUCCAGCCUUUGGAUCAACAACAAAUUAAUAGCAUUGUGAGGUUGCAGUUGGAACGAGUCCAGAGUCGACUGGCUGAUCGAAAAAUCAAGAUUCAAGUCACCGAUGCAGCGGUUAUUCUGCUAGGUAGGCUCGGAUAUGACCCUAAUUAUGGUGCCAGGCCAGUGAAGCGUGUGAUCCAGCAGAAUGUGGAGAAUGAACUGGCUAAGGGUAUCCUCAGAGGAGACUUCAGAGAUGAAGAAAUUAUAGAAGUUGACACAGAGCUCACUGCCUUCUCUAAUGGCCAACUUCCCCAGCAAAAGCUGGUUUUCAGAUGCCUGGAAGCAGGUUCUUCGUCAGAUAAGCAACAAUCGACUGAGACCCAAGAGGCUGUAUUACCAAAUCCCGAUCUUAACCCUAGCCGCGGCGGCGAUCUCUAUCGCCCUUAUGCCUGGAUCUGCUACCCUCCUUGUCCGCUCAUUCGCCGCCGACCGCUCGCCCUCGGAUUCUCUCCUCGCCUUCGAAACUCUGGAUCCCCCCAGGCGAGGCUUUUGUUGUCUUCCCUUCUCCAAUACAGGGAAGAGUUUGCCCUCCAGAGAAAUAGACAAAACAUGGGACGCAGAUAUAUUGAGGUCUUCCAGUCCAAGAAACAGGAAUAUUACCAUGCCAUAGCCGACGAGGUUAACAAUGGUGGCUCAUUUGAUGGCGAACAUCGGAGCGGCUCGCCAGCACCCCGUUUGAAGAAGACUUAUGAUGACAAGAUGGAUUAUACUGAGGUUCUCAAGCUUUGCGGGCUUCCCUACUCUGCAACGGAGACGGAUAUUCUCGACUUCUUUCGAGAUUAUGAGGUGAAAGAGGGUUUCCCUUCAGCUCGAUUAGUCGUCUCUUCUGUGUUGCCCUCAUUGAAGCACUGA